AUGUUUAUUCGGAAAGUGACGCCCCGGCCGCAGUUUGCCGCGGCUUGCUCGCAAAAACGCUUUCGGCAGGGCGCGCGGGCUCUUCCCCUGCUCCUGCCCCGGCGGCCGCUGCCGCAGCUCGAGCAGCCGGAGGCCGGAGGGCCACGCUCGGCGCUCGGCCGGCCGCGUUGCGCCGAAUAUUGGGAAGAGAACGGUUCCCUUUCCAACACACUCUCCCUUUUGAUUGCAGAUCAGCAAAAAACCACAGUUAUCGAAAACGGGGAGAUCAGAUUUAAUGGGAAAGGGAAGAAGAUUCGGAAGCCUCGAACGAUUUACUCGAGUCUCCAGCUACAGGCUUUAAACCACCGCUUCCAGCAGACCCAGUACCUGGCGCUUCCUGAGAGAGCAGAGCUGGCGGCAUCACUAGGACUUACACAGACACAGGUGAAGAUCUGGUUCCAGAACAAGCGCUCCAAGUUCAAGAAGUUGCUCAAGCAAGGCAGCAACCCGCACGAGAGCGACCCCCUGCCGGGCUCUGCCGCUCUGUCCCCGCGGUCUCCGGGCCUGCCUCCGGUCUGGGACGUUUCAGCCUCUGCCAAAGGAGUCAACAUGCCUCCCAACAGCUACAUGGCCGGUUAUUCUCACUGGUACUCUUCUCCACAUCAAGACACAAUGCAGAGACCACAAAUGAUGUGA